GCAUUUAACUAAUUGAUAGUAUAUAGUAUAAAUUAGGUAUAUAUUGUAUAUAACGAUAUUUUUUGCUUAUUUACAAGAAACAAAAACUUGUUUUUUGACACUACUGUAAUUAAAUCUAUAUGUUUGUACUUUAAACAAAAUAAAUGUGAUCUCAGAUAUAUUAUACGGUGUACGAGACGGAAACGGAAACACCCCAUAAACAUUAUGAAUGUCUGCGGUAUUCAAUUCGCCCCCUUUUCGGUGCCCACGGAACGCCGCCUCCAAACUUUGGCAGCGGGAGUCGGUUUCCUCUGGUUGGUCUUUGGCUACUUCGUUUGCCUCUUUUUGACGAUUUAUUUAAUAUUAUUUACCCGUUUCUGGUGGAUCACUUUAUUGUACGUGAUAUGGAUUUUUUUAUGGGAUGCCCCCAUAUCCCGGAGAGGCGGUAGACAGUCCAAGUGGGUAAGAAAUUGGAGAUGGUGGAAAUAUAUGAAUAAUUAUUUUCCAAUAACCCUGGUGCCGCCUGCCGAUCCAAAUCUCGACCCCAAGAAAAACUAUUUAUUUUGCGUAUACCCACACGGCACCAUGGCUUUGGGGGCGAUCGGCACUUUCGGGAAUAACUACGGGGGAUUUAAUAAGUACUUUCCGCACCAUAUUGCGCACGUGGUCACUGUCUCUGCCCCUUAUCUAAUGCCAUUUUUUCGAGAAUUCGCUUUAGCUUUGGGAGGCAUUUCUGCCGACGCGGACUCAAUUGAGCACGUGCUCCAGUCUCCCGAGGGAGGCCACGUAUGUGUUCUAAUGCCCGGGGGAAGUCAGGAGAUUUACUAUUCCAAACCUGGACAUUAUAGAAUCAUUUUAAAUCGAAGAAAGGGAUUUAUAAGGCUGGCGUUAAAAAGUGGCACCGCCAUUGUUCCGGUGUUAUCCUUCGGGGAAAUCGACUUAUUCGAUCAAAUGAAAGGGACAACAUACAAGAUAUUCCAGGAGUUCGUUAGGAAAUGGACUGGGUUCACCCUUGUAGUGCCCGUGGGUCGUGGAUUUUUCCAGUAUACGUUCGGUUUAGUGCCUAGAAGAAAACCCGUUCAUCUUGUUGUCGGUAGUCAAAUGGAGGUGCCGAAAAUUGAAAAUCCAUCCCCCGAGCAGGUGGAAGAGUACCACGCGAAGUUCGUCCAACAUUUGCAACGAACUUUCGAAGAGGAAAAAUUUCGUUACCUUGAAAACCCCGAAAAUACGAAACUGAUUAUCGAACGCUAAUAAAUUCAUCGUUUAUAGCUAGUUCUGAUAACGUUAACAACGCACCAUAUUACAUUGAUAACAUGGUUUUAAAGCAAAGUGUUUAUGGUUUAUAGUACAGAUGUAGUCUAGGAUAAACAGAAUAAAAUUAUUAAUAAAAUUGAGACACACAAAAGCAAA